AUGCCUUCAUCAGAUCCAGUCGAGCACCUACCGCCUGAGAUCGUUGAUGAAAUCCUUGGACUCAUUUGGGGAGCCUCUCUGUCCUGUGAAGACCCCCCAGAGUCACUGAACGCAAUCGGUCCACUUGCUGCAGUAUCUCGUAAAUGGAAGCCUUUGAUCGAACGGAUUACCUUCCGAGAACUCGUCCUUACGCCACGACGAGUCUUGGAGGCCCUGGAAGUCAAAUAUUAUGCAUCUGAAGGGCUACUGAACACUCGAGCUGUGCUUCUUGACUUACCCCAUGCCUUUUGCACUGAUGGGGACCUCGAUGAAGAUACAGAUAAACUCGAUCGUCGAGUGGUUGAGGAACACUUCAACAAAAGUAUUCACCAGAUAUUCGAGUUUCUCAAAAGACUUCCCAGCCUCGAAAGACCUCAUCUCAAACUUACAACAGGAUCAGAAGAGUGUUGUGGCAGUUCCUGCAAGGCUUACGACGUGGAAUUCAUCAAACUAGAUGCAAACUGGGAAAAUCUCCCCGAGUUGCCUAUGGUGUUGUCUUUCAAUUGCUUCUACUAUCAUAUGGCAUCGCUUUCACCCCAGACCUACUGUCGUCUCGCCAGCAAGAUGACGCGAUUGGAUCAAAUAGACUGGAUCAUGCGAGACAGACUGAGCCGACAUCGCCCUGCCCAAGUCAAAGAUCGAUCUAGUGAGUCCUUCGCCAUCAACCACCCACACCUAGCUCUGUCUAACUCUGCCCCAGAUCUUGGCCGGUCUCUAGAUCUAUUGCCCAAGUCUCUCACUAAAUUUGAACUUAAUAUCUUCAGCCCUCCAUAUAACCGCUCUCACCAUGCUAGGGAGCUCAUGCACACUGGUUUGCCGGACGACAUUUUCAGUCAAGGUGUUCGACGGUUAAUCCAGAGGGACGGCAUCAUUGAGGUCUCACUUCAAGCCAGUGUCGACAGCAACAUGUUCUGUCCCACGCAGGGGUCACAAGAAGAUCUCAUCCAUUGUCCAACUUUGAAAAAGCUCAAAAUCAAUUUCCUCAGCGACUAUCACUACAAAAAGUUGAUGGUUCAUGGGGAUGACCUUGUAGACCCAAUUCGCACAUAUGGUCAAGACACUGAGGGCCCUGAUUUCUCAAACAGUAAUGAGGGCAACAGCCGUGGUACUACGCGGGCCGGUGAACGCGAACGCAGACAAAAGACCAUGGAUCGGUUCCUUCUCGCAGCAGCACGAAGUGUCAGCCAUAUGCCAAAGAUAGUGUACUUCUCCUGCUGCUUCCCAGGUAAAGGUUUUGAAGGGUUCACUUUUAACAAACAAGCGGCUGACCCCUACGAAGGCUUGAAAGUAUAUGAGGACCCGGAAAAGUUCAGACUGAGUAAAGCAGCGUGGAAUGCUUGGAAAACAACCUCAGAAACUCACGGCAUUGAAUUCCACCCGUUAAUCAUAGACAACAUAGAAAUUGAUUAA